GCCCAAAACCCUAAACAAAGACUCUCAAAAAACCCAUCACCGGAGAACACCUGACGGCGGCUUAGCACCGGUGGCUACUGCAAAAAGAUUUUUUUUCUUCUUAGGCUUAAUACUUGCCUUUGAAAGAAUAUAACGAUCUUUGUUUUUGUGGUAGCUACGCUAACCUCUAUCGUCAUUUCUUUAUAAAAAUAAUAUUUCGAUAUAUUCAAAUAACAAAAUGGCCGCUCGUUCACUCUCCGGCGCCGUCAAACAUGUUAUCUCCGCCGCAUCUCGCAGUCUUUAUGGUUCCGUUGUCUUAAGGAGGAGUUACGUUGCGACACCUCAGACUGUGACAGUAACAGGAUUGAGUAAGGGAGGUUCCACCAGACUUAUGGUGGGGAAGAUGGAACAAAGAACUUUGGAUCAAGAGGUAGAGUCUGCUUGGGGACCAGAUCCAGUCACGGGAUACUACAGUCCCUCCAAUCGUGCGGCUGAGAUUGAUCCAGCGGAGCUUAGAGAGUUGCUUUUGAAAAACAAAGCCAAGUCUUUCUAAGAGGAUUUUGAUUCGUCGGUUCCACAGGAAGAUUGUUGCAGGCGAUUAUGUUUAUUCCGUGUGUUGUCUUUUGUCUUGUAUCUGUUGUGUACGGGAGAGUUUUAAGUAAAAAAUAAAAGAUAAUAUUAAAAUA